AUGAGCGCGAGUCGUACUACGCAGGCUGCGUCAGGGAGCGACUCGGAAGACGAAGUGGACUUUAUCAAUGUCGAGUUCGAUUUUCAGGCGCCCAACGAGAUUGAUUUUCAAGCGCUGAAGCGACUGUUCCAGCAGCUUUUCUAUACACACGCGCCCCAACUGGAUCUGGGCGUGCUGGCCGACCAUGUGAUCGAGCAAGCACAGAGUCGAGGUGUAGGCACGGUGGUCAAGGUCGACGAUCUCGAGCAGGUCCAUGAUCCGUAUGCUGUGAUGAGCGCGUUGCUGCUUGGCCCACCCUCGCCCGCGCAGGCGUUGGUGCAUUCGUACUUGGCAACGCAGCUACGUCGUUCUGCCUCUGCUCAGUCACUGCUUGCUCUACUCGAACAAGCCUCGGCUGAGAAGCCACUGCUUUUCGUUGUGCAUGAGCGUAUGAUCAAUUUGCCGCCACAAAUCACACCGCCGCUCAUCCAGAUGCUGCUGGAGGAGUGCCAGGAGCUGCAGGAAGAGACAUCAGCUCCGACGCCGACGCAUGCCCUCUUUUUCUCGCGUGCCUUCUCGGCUGAUGCGCUCGACGAAGGAGACGACGAGGACGAGGAGCCUACUGGCUUAGCAGGCGCCCGAAAGCGCAAAGCGCGUGGCGCACAUGCCCACCCUGACGAUGCAGCAGCAGCAGCACUGGGCAAGAGUGUAUCGAACAAGAAGCGCACAGGCACCGGCCUGGACGAUGGCUUAGGCUCGUUCCACCCAGAAGACGAGCUAAUUCGUCCCUUUGCAACGCAUGCUCACACGUUCCGUUUCCCAGCGCCGCGUGAUGCGCCGGAUACGUACGAAGCGCCCAUCUUUGGCCGACUCAUGGCAGUGCCGUACACGCACCUCCCGGCGAUCCUAGAAAAGAUGCAGAGUGUGUGGCCUGCGCCCGCCUAA